UUCAAUCACAAGUAUAUCUGCACCUAAACAAUAUUCCUACAUCUACAAUUCUCAACAUGGAUGGCAAGGGUGGCGGUGUUGGUGGUGCUAGUGGAGGCGGAAAGGGUGGCGGCGGCGGUGUUGGUGAUGCUAGUGGAGGUGGCAAGGGUGGCGGUGGCGGUGGUGGUGUUGCUAGUGGAGGUGGCAAAGGAAGUGGAACUGGUGGCAGCAAAGGUGGCGGUAGUGGGGGAGGCUCGCCAAAGGCUGGUGGUGGGGGUUCUGGCAUGAUGGUAGCCCCAGGCAGUGGUGGCUCAUCCUUCAUCUCUAGGGGCAGUUUUGAGAGCAAUCCUCAAGGCUACUUUUCUGAUCUGCAUGGAAGUGGAAAGAGCAGCAAAUAAAAACGCUGCGAUAAGAUGCUUUAAUGUAUGCACAUUCUAAAAUGCAUGGUUCCAUAACUCAUAAAUAAAAUCAACUAUCCUGUUUGGUUUCUUUUCUUGUCUUUGAUCCUUUUAAUUUUAAUUUUGGAUUGUUCAAAUAUAUCGAAAGUCAAUGA